AUGAAGCUCCUCUACCCUACCUCCGUGAAACUCGACGUCCAGAGUCUGGAGGGAUUCUCCGUCUCUCUCCACCCCUAUGAUGUCAAGUCCUCCAUCCCAGAGGAACACGUCGACGCCGACAUUCUGGUCACUUGGGCCAACAGCGCAGACAACCUCAAGGAUGCCGCACAGCGUCUGAAGAACCUGAAAUGGAUCCAGUCUCUUGCCGCCGGUCCCAACGAUGUCCUAUCCGCUGGCUUCGACGCUUCCACAACCAUCAUCACCACCGGUGUCGGUCUACAUGACUACCCCGUCGCAGAGCACACUCUCGGCCUGUUGCUCAACGGAGCACGACACUUUUACGAAAUGCGCGACUAUCAACUGCAGUCCAAGUGGCCCGGCCAUUUGGGCGGCUCGUUCCCGCGUUCUGAUUUCACCACUUUGCGCGGUUCUCGCGUGCUCAUCUGGGGCUUUGGAAGUAUUGCGAAGACCCUCACUCCCUACUUGACAGCCCUCGGAGCCAACGUUCGAGGAAUUGCCCGGAGUCAGGGCGUGCGGAAUGGCGUUGAAGUCUACGCCGAGGACAAGCUUCCCGAGCUUCUCCCCGAGACGGACGCUCUUGUUAUGAUCUUGCCUGGCUCCGAUUCAACGGUCGACGUCCUGAAUGCCGAGAGAUUGAAGCUGCUUCCUAAGCAUGCUUGGGUUGUCAACGUGGGUCGUGGCGUUUCGGUCGAUGAAGAUGCUCUCGCGGAUGCCCUGGAGAAGGGUGAGAUUGCCGGAGCAGCAUUGGAUGUUUUCAAGGAAGAGCCUCUCCCCGAAUCUAGCAGACUUUAUAAGACGCCGAACCUUAUCCUCUCCCCUCACGCUGCUGGUGGCAGACCUCAGGGUUGUGAGGGGUUGAUUGCGGAUAAUCUACGACGGUUCUUGGCUGGACAGCAGCUGAAGAAUGUGAUUUAG